UCCAACGCAAAUGCAGCAACAAUUUUUCAUGGAUGGUUUGUACAUUCGACCAAAGAUAAUGACCUUGUUACAAUGAAAGAUAUGGUCAUAGGAGUAAACAAGGGAAAGAUAAUAUUCAUCGAAGACGAAACAUGUCUGUCAGAGUUGAUGAGUGAAUACAAUAUACCUCCUGGGAAUGUCCGGCAUCUGGACAAAAGGCAGUUCCUGAUGCCCGGCAUGGUGGACACCCACAUCCACGCUCCGCAGUAUGUGUUCGCUGGUUCUAACAUGGAUCUGCAGCUGCGACAGUGGCUCAGCACAUACACAUUGCCCACUGAAGCGAAGAUGAAAGAUCUGGACUUCGCCAAUGACGUCUGUGAUAAAGUCGUGAACCGUACACUCAAGAACGGAACAACAACAGCGUGUUACUAUGCCACAAUGUACAGAAAUGCCUCGGACGUGCUUUGUAAAGUUAUUGGUAAAUCCAUUUAUCCCAGUUGCGUGGAUCUGUGUGCGGCGUCCAACAAACAAACACAAACAGACAAGACAGUCUAUCGUAUACACACUGACUUCGUUAUUUUUUUAUUUCAGAACCCUCUACUAACCCCAAUAAUAACACCGCGAUCCAUCAGAACAUGCUCGGAAGAACUUAUUAAGUCUCUUGGACAACUUAACCAAACAUACCGGCUCCCUGUUCAGACGCAUAUCCUAGAAACACGAAGUGACAUAAUUCCUGGAUGUCAGAACCAUCUCGAUGUAUGGGAUAAGCAUGGACUUCUCACAAACAGGACAAUAUUGGGUCACUGCAUAUACUUGUCUGACAACGAACUCGACUUGCUCAAGCUACGUGGAUGCGGAAUAGCACAUUGCCCGAAUUCUAACAUCACGCUUAGAAGCGGACUCCUUGACGUGAGGCACGUGCUGAAUAUGGGCUGCAAGAUUGGACUUGGAACUGACGUGGCUGGAGGAUACAGCAGCUCCAUUUUGGAUGCUUUACGCUCUGCCUGUCAGAUUUCAAAAACUCUUGCGAUUCAAACUGAUGGAGGAAGCUACAAGGCCUUGACAUACCAGGCACUAUUUCGACUUGCAACAUUAGGUGGAAGUGAAGUACUGGGUCUGGAGGCGACGACUGGCAGCUUUGUCGUGGGAAAGGACUUUGACGCCAUUUUGGUCGACCCAUUGGUGGCGGAUUCGCCGUUUGAUGUCUUUUCUACUGACACUUUCUCUGAUGUACUUCAGAAGUUUCUGUUCUUAGGUGAUGACAGGAACAUGAUUGACGUGUUUGUGUCUGGGAAGCGGGUGUGUGGAAAUAAUAAAAUGGAAAACCCACGACAACCCAUUGUCCAGAAGUACAGGACACAAGCUGACAUAUAUCACAUCGAACACAGGAUACUGAGGUACCAUUUUGCACCACUUAACACAUGA